AUGGCUCGCUGUUAUAUGAUGGCGAGCAUGUCCACUGUGCUUCAAGCACAACAUGAAGAUUACAUAACUGCUCGUCAGAUUAUGGAUAAUCUUGAGGACAUGUUCGGCAGCCAAGCCGCUGAAAAAUGUCGGGAAGUCCUAAGUAAUCUCAUUAAUUGCAGACAGAAGGCUGGGUCUUCCGUAAAGGAACAUAUGUUGAAGGUGAUGGCCUAUUUGACUGACGCUCAGUCCAAUGGGGCCGACAUCGAUGCUGAGUCUCAAUUGAUCAUGAUCUUUGAGACUUUGUUGAAGGAGUAUAUUCUGUUUAGGGCAACGAUCAAUUUGAGCACUAAACAGAAUAUAACCAUGAUAGAGUUGAUGUAA